AGAUUCUCCCUGCCCAAGGAAGGCUGGACUUGACCUGCUGGCUCAGGGUAGAUUGGCCUGAGUGCUUGUGUUCAAGGGUUGCUCCCCUGGAGUGUCUUCCAAGAUGGGGAAACGGAGGACAGACCUCACCUGAGUCACCUUCAACCUCAUACAGGGAGGGAAAGCUGCCUAGCGACGCAGACCAGAAUCCAUCCACGCUUCCUAGUGGCUGGGUAAGGGCUUGGUGCCCUGGAGCCUGGCAGGCCGUCAUAGGAAUGUAUAAAAGCAGGCUAACCCGGUCUGUGGCACUGUACCUAUCACUCUCUGCUGCUGGACGAUGCUGGGAGGCUUGGGGAAGCUGGCGGCCGAGGGCCUGGCCCACCGCACUGAGAAGGCCACUGAGGGAGCAGUUCACGCAGUGGAGGAGGUGGUGAAGGAGGUGGUGGACCACGCCAAGGAGGCUGGAGAGAAGGCCCUUGCAGAUGCCCUAAAGAAAGCCCAAGAGUCAGGGGACAAAGUGGUGAAGGAGGUCACUGAGAAGGUGACCCACACUGUCACCGACGCCGUUACCCAUGCUGCAGAAGGCCUGGGUAGACUGGGUCAGUGAGCUUGCAUACCACCCUGCCCAGCCCUUCCCGAAUGUCAAUAAAAAGCAUGAAAUGUGAACAGAGUCCCGAGUUUACUCCUGUUUGGAUGGAAAUCCUAGGCAAAGUGGUUUUUUGUUGUUCUUUGUUUUGGACACAGGUCUUAUAUGGAGCAGGUUGGCCUGAACUCACUUGCUGUGUAGCUGAGGCUGACCUUGAACUCCUCAUCCUUUUGCCUCUAACUCCUGAGUGUGGGAUCACCAGGAAUGGCUAAGUGUUUUUUAAUGGAAACACUGUAUAUUGUUAGCUUCUCCUCUGCCAUAGAGGAGCAUCCAACAUGGUGGGUACCUGCCACCUCUUGUGGUCCCCAUCCAAUGAAUCAGGUGAGGAAUUAUCUUUCCAGCAAGCAGUCCGUGUGUGUGCGCGUGUGCGUGUGCGCGCGUUUUCAGGCAGGAUCUCUCACUGGCCCGAAACUAGCCCGGUAGACUAGGCUGGGGGACCAGCAAGCCCCAGGGCUCUCCGCCUGUCUCCACCUCUGCAGCACUGGGAAUACAAGCUCGCACACCACCAUGGCUGUUCUAAUUUUUUAUUUUAAAUGUGGGUUCUGAGGAUGGAGCUCAGGUCCAUGAUUGCACAGCAAGCCCUUUACCUAGGGAGUUCUCACACCUUGAACGGUCAGCCCUCUCCCACCCCUCUCCCUUUUCUUUCCUUCUCUAUUUGUCAAAUGACCUAGGGUUUAACAAGCACCACGCCUGUUCUCUACCACGGAGCUCCAUCCCCAGCCUGUGCUGCAGGUGUGCACAGGUGUGCAGGCGCUCAACAGGCCAAGUGCACAUUCCCUGUAGCUAGCAUUCUUUGGUUUUCCUUGCAAUGGAGGGUACAGAAGCCAGUUAUGGAGGAAGACAUCCACUGCUUGUUUCUGGAGGCUCCUGGUGGACUCAACCAGGAGACAUGUGGCCAAGACAUAGGUAGUGGGUGGCAGUGACCUCCUUCUUCUCUCAUGAGCAAUCAGCACCUUACAGUUCAAAUAAAUGUGUGGAGGACUGGAUGUGGUGGCACACCCCUGUAAUCUCAGGGCUUAGGUGCUGACACAGGAGCAUCAGGAGUUCAAGAUCAAGCCUCAGCUAUGCAGUGAGUUUAAGUUAAGUGAGUUACAGACCGGCUAAGACUCGGUCUGUAAACAGUGUGCAAGUAGACAGCAUUUAGAAGUUCUGUAACAGAGGCCAGGUUGUAAUGCUACAUGCUGUAAUUUCCAGCACUUGGGAGGUGGAGGAAGGAGGCUGAAUCCAAAGCUAGCCUGGGCAGAGAUGGGUGGUCCUGGGAUCUGGCUUGCCAGCCACUCAAGCUGAAUGAAAUGAUGAGCUCCAGGUUCAGAGAGACCCUGCCUCAAAAAUCAGGGUAAAGAAGGGUGGAGGAAGAUACCCAACAUCAACCUCUGGUCUCCAUGUGUAUGGGCUAGUAUACAUGCACACACAUGUGCAACAUGUGUUUAUGAUACACAUACACAUCUUUGGGAGCAUAAAUUUAGAGAAAUCCUGUAUAAAACUAUUAUUUAUUUAAGACAGUGUUUCUUUGUGUAGCCCUGGCUGUCCUGGAAGUAGCUCUAUAGACCAGGCUGGCCUCAAACUCACAGAAAUCCGCCUGCCUCUGCUUCCUGAGUGCUGGGGUUAAAGGCAUGUGCCACCAUGCCUGGCUCUGGCUCUAAGAUUUUAUUUAUCUUGCUGGAAGCUAUUUGCUCUUAGCAGAAAUGAAGAGAAAAGGUCAAGGAAUAAAUCGGUUUCUUGCCACAUUUUGGCCCUUCUGGAACUGUCUCACAGAUUUCCAAAGGCCAACACUGGAACGCACAUUGUCUAGCUAGUGCUGGACUUAUCUUGGUUUGGCUCCUGAAGACUUCUGAAACUUCCCCAAUCCAAACCCAGGCUUAUAGAGCUAAGGACACUAUGAGUGGCAGACAUGGAUUGGAAUGGUCUCCUCAGGUGUGUAAAGCUGCCCAAAGGGGAAAUGUAGACUUACUAUUACAGGUUCAUGGUAGCAAGAGCAUGACAGCAAGACGGAAACAUCAGAAACCAUCAGAAAUCACUCGGGUGGCAAGUUGUGCUGUUCAUGAGGCUUUCCACACAAUAUGGAGAUGGUGCCUAUAAAUUCUACUGAACUGUAAGUUCCUCAGUCAGGGAGUGGGAUCUGUGUCUGGAAGGCUACCAUCUUUGGCUAACAAAUGCUGCCUGUAGAGGAAAUGGACUGCACAUGGCUACUGAAGAGAAAGGGCUAGGGAUGUAGCCCAGUGGAGGAGUGUUUGCCGCAGACAAGCAAGGUCCAUGCCCAGGCCCAAAACACAGCUAGAGGAAUGUAAAUACAUAUGUCCAAGUAAAUUAGUAAGUAGCAAAAUAUAUAUGCAGAACAAGUUCAUUUUUCAUAUGGCAAAUGACAUAAUCAUAUAAGAACAGCAUAAAAAUCUAAACAGCUUAUACCUGAUAAAAUAUUGACAGUGGUCCUCUCUGUCUGUGGGAAUGAGAAAUUCUUACUUUAGCACUGUAUACUUCUCUGUUUGAUUUUAAGAGGAAACUAAUGCAGUUGUUUUAACAGUUUGGUCAUGGAGGGCAGUAUUAGCUUAUUCGAGAUUGUUCCCUAGUGAAGUACCACUGAGAGUUUGUCACCACUUGGGAAGAGGGAAGGAGCAGCAUUUGGAAGCAGAGCACUGUGGCUCUGUGGACAGCCAGGGUGGACUGAGUGCAAGAUUUCUGCUUACCAGGCUACGGAGGCCAGCUGGCACUGUUGAACUUGCAUGGCAAGUCCUCAUGUGAACUAGUCCACAUGCCAUGAGGGAGAUAAACAAUGAAAUUGUCCUAUCUCAGGCUGACAAGAUGGCUCAGUGGAUAAAAUGUUUGCUGAGUAAGCUCGAUGGCUGGAAUUCAGUCCCUGCAACCCACAUCGAAACACAGGAACCAAGUCCACAAAGUUGUCCUCUGACCUCUGCACGCACACACGCCAUGGCAUGUGAGUGACCCUACCCCGCAGUAACAAUAAAAUGUUCAAAAAAAUUGUCCCAUCUCCAAAGAAAGUCAAAGUGUUGCCUACAUUUUAAUUCCCCUCCCAAACUGCUGUUUCCUAGAACAAGUGCAUCUUCCAUAUUUUAUUUUCUUCUAAGUGUACUUGGCAAUGAGGGGCAUGAAGUCAGUGUUUACCAAAAUCAUAGUGGUGUCAGAAAAAAUAAUGCACUGCAGUGUUCAGCUUCUAUUCCUGGUCACCCUCUACCCUCCCUGGUUACCAGUCUAGAAAACCAAUGGCCUGCUGUUAGUGAACAUCUACAGUCCUGAAAUUCCAGCACAGGGAAGCUUGAAUUAGGAUUGCCAAAAGUUCAAGGCCAGACUGGGCUAUAAGAAUUAAGACCCUGUCUCAAAAAAGUUGAACAGCCUGGAAGACCCCUGGAAAGACAGAAUGUUGUUGGAAUUCUUUCUUUCCAGACCUCAUUUAUCUGGGCAUGGUGACAUACACCUUAAAUUCUAACACUCAGGAUGGACAGACAAGAAGAUCAUAAGUUUGUGGGCAGUCUGAGCUAUGUAGGGAGACCCUAUCUCAAAAACAAACAAACAAACAAAACCCCAAAAACCCAAAGGCUGGGGGUGUGGCUUAAUGGUAGAGCACUUGCUAGCAUGUGCUAGGUCCUGGGUUCCACUUUAGAGUACCACAGAAAACAGAUUCCCAAACUGUAGAGACUUGCCAUCGUUUGAGCUGGUCCCUAGUCCCCAGGAACACCCACCACCAAGCUAUCUUUACUUCUGACUGCUCAUGUUACAUUAAGUCUUUUCUCUGGGGGCAGUAGCCAAAAACACUUAGACAUUGUUUAAGUUGGUGGCUGGUAACAGUCUGAGCAAACAGGAAAAGAGGCUUUUAUGGAAAAACUGGUAAGUGCGAGGUCUGCAGGGAGGGUACAUUCCAACUUACUUCUGGGGUCUGGAGAUGCCCUGUGCACAUGGUAUAAUGACCCUGAAAAUGUGCAGGGUGGGGUGCAGUCCAGAGGCUGAAUACUUGCCCAUCACACACUAGCUGCUGUUUGUUUUAAAACUUGCCUGAACGUUAUUGUGCACCCCGGGUAUGCCUGGUACCCCCAGAGGCCAGAGAUGGUGUCAGAGUGGGAGUUAAGACAGUUAAGACCUACCAUGUGGGUCCUGGAAUUGAACCCAGGUCCUCUGGAAGAGCAGUCAAUGCUCUUCACUGCUAAGCCUCCAGCCUCUAUCUUUUGAUCCCAAUUCUAUAAUCUUAUCUCUUUGAGUUCCUAGGAGGAAGUUAGUAUAGCCUGUGGGUUGUUUAAACCGGUUGGCCACUCAGCAAGUUGUAGGCUAUUAGGAACACACAACCCAAAUUUUUAGUGGAAAAGAUCUCGGUGGCCUACCACAGCAGCAGCCAGGUUAGAAAUGGUAGCUGCUGUGAGACACAGAAACUCCCUGCCCUUUACCAGCCUUUCUUAACUAGUUAGCCAGAAGGCCCUCGUUUGUUUGAUGACCAUUUCACUCUGGAUCCAUUCCUUGGACUGCACUACUUUGUAGUUUUCAACAUCAUCUCAGACGUCGUGUUUUGUGAGUCACUGUUUAGAGAACCAGAGAGAGGCCCUGCAGUUCCCAGACAGAACUUAAUUCUAAACUCAGCCCUCAGCCAUUCUCUAGCCCCUGACCUUCGUGAGCAGCAUCCUACUCCAACCCUAGUCUGCCUUCUCCCCCAGAGCCAGGAUUGUGCCGUAUGCCAUAAGGAGGAGGGCUGGGAGGCCUGAGCAGCCAUCUGCCUGGUAUGAAUUUUUGUUUUUGUAUUUUGGAGACAAGGUGUCUCUGUGUACCUUUGGAGCCUGUCUUGGAUCUCGCUCUGUAGCCCAGGCUGGCCUCGAACUGCCUCUGCCUCCCGAGUGCUGGGAUUAAGGGUGUGCGCCACCACUGCCCAGCGUCUGGUAUGAGUUUGAGAGGUAAUCAUUCUAUGCUUUCUCCGGGCCUCACAAUUCAUAACAUCCACAAUGAUUAGCAAAGGUGUACUUAAUUAUACCCUAAGGAUACCAGUGUGUUGUUACUACCACCAUUGACAUGUGCUUGGAAACACCCAGGCGUUUCUUGCACCCCCUGUAGCUGGCUGUAGAGGCAGAAACCGGAGCUUCUGUGUGUGGAAAUCAAAAAUAUCUCUGGCACUUCCACAGAAUGGAAGCUGGUUAGCAUAACUGUCUCUCUCUCCUUCUUGCAUUAAUACUUAUGGAUAGAACCCACUCGGUCAUUUAUAAGCACCCAAAAGUCGAUUAUGCGGGCUUCAACAGCCUUUGUAGCUGAAGAUGACCUUGACCUCCCCGUCCCCCACUAAGCACUGGAAUUAGGUCUUCACGUUUUAGUGUAUAACAUGGGCGCCAUUACAGUUUCUCGCCUAGCGCUUGCUCCCGUUGACUGCUGUUACCCUCCCUUGUUCCAUCUCUCCCAGUUUCCCGUCACCUCACGUAUGUGUUAACUUAGUCAACUAAAGGUACGCACCCCACACGCAGCUUAGAGAACCGACACUAUUUACCUUUUCUUUUGUCCUAUAUCACUCCCACUCUUUCAUGUUUGUAUGCACACACACACACACACACACACACACACACACACACACACACACACGAACUCAAGAGAUGGCUUAGCAGUUAAAAGCACUUGCUGCUUUUGUAGAGGACCGCCCCAUACACGCUAUAGUUUUUCAUCCAUUCAUUCACUGAUUAGGCAUCUAAACUGGUUCCAUCCUGGCUAUGGAUGUACAAAUAUCUAUGUGGUGUGUCAACAUAGACCAGGCUGGCCUCAGACUCACAGAGAUCUGCCUUGUACCACCACUGCCCGGCCCCAUAUUAUCUUAAGUAGCUGUUAAAUUCUGUAGCUAAAUCGCUUCAAACAAAACUUUAUUUAGAAGAUACCAAAAAGGGACAGGUAUGAUGGUAGCACUCUGGAGCAACAGGCAGGAUUGGGAGGAGUUCAAGGCUAGCCCCAGCUAAUAGCAGGUUUGAGGCCAUUCUGCACUACAUAAGACCCUGUUUUAAACAAAUGAAUAAACAAAAAGUACCAGAAAUUACACUAACAUAUUAGUUUUACACACUAUAGCCUCUUCCCCAGGAACAGCCAUUAUAGCUUAAUAAAAUGAAAUUAAAAAUAAUCCAGGAAUAAAAUCUGAGCAGCUAGCCAGGUGGUGGCGGCGCAUGCUUUUAAUCCCAGCACUUGGGAGGCAAAGGCAGGAGGAUCUCUGUGAGUUCAAGGCCAGCCUGGUCUACAAAGCAAGAUCCAGGACAGCCAGUGCUACACAGAGAAACCCUGUCUCAAAAAACCCAAAACAAAAACAAAACAAAAAAUUUGAGUAGUUCAUAGCAAAAGAAAUGACAUAGGCAGUUAUGAAACUUUUCACACCUCAAUUACUGUUUUAACAUUUACUAAGAGACUUUCAAAUAUGAAAACACAGAAAAGAAACAUAAACUUUGGAAAAGGUAGACUUUUAAUAACUGCUUUUUUCAUGAAGUUAAUCAUGCAGUUACAAAGUAGUUAGAAAUUUCUGAAAGGAUAUUGUUAAAAAAAAAAAAAAAGCACUCAUUCUUA